GGAAAGAACAAAAGAGCAAAAGAAAUGCCAGAGUAGUACGCCUACUGCUAUUGCUGUUAGUGGUUUAGUGUGGCGUGGGACUCCCUUGGCAAUAAUGCAAACUUUACAGUGGAUUGUAUGAAGAAACAGAUCAGAUUGGUUAAAAACCAAAAACAGAACAGCAGCUAUUCGUGUUUCCAAUUCCGUCAGCUGAUAUGGAGAAAGCAGAAUUGAUUUUCAUCCCUUGGCCACUGAUGGGCCAUUUGGCUCAGCUGGUGGAGCUGGCAAAGCUGCUAAUCAGCCGAGACGAGAGAUUUUCCAUCACAGUCCUAAUCUCCAGGCUCCCUGAUUCCCUUGAUCCUGUGACCAAUAAAUUGAUCAGCUCUUUAGUUGAUUCCUGCACCACAGAGGCCCUUCGAUUCUAUCAGCUUCCUCCAACAAAUCCCACCCCUGAAUGGAGUUCCCUCACUCGAGGGUACUUCAUUCAGAAGCAACUCGAUAGCCAGAAACCUCAUGUCAAGGACUUCAUCCAACAGCGCAAAACUGAUCAAUCAAGCAGUUCAAGACUUAUUGGAGUAGUUGUUGACAUGUUCUCCACCAGCAUGAUCGAUGUAGCUGAUGAAUUCGGGAUUCCUAGCUAUGUAUUCUUCACAUCGGGUGCAGCGUUUCUACGCAUCAUGCUCCAUUUUCAGACCCUUGAAGAUGACAACAGCCAGGAUGUUUCUGAGUUUUCGAAGUCAGAAACUGCUCUGUCUUUCCCGGGUUAUGCCAAUCCAAUUCCACCAUCAGUCUUGCCUAUGGCUCUAGUGGAGAAACAGCUCUGGUCGCGGCGAUUCCUACCAUGUGCUCGUGGAUACAGAAAGGCCAAGGGAAUCUUGAUCAACACAUUCACUGAACUAGAGCCAUAUGCCCUUAAUUCUCUUAAUCUAUUAGAGUCCUCGCCACAAAUCUACCCGGUAGGACCAAUUCUGAACCAGGUACAAUAUGUCUCUCGUGAUGUACAAUCAGGAAUCCUUAAAUGGUUGGAUGAGCAGCCUCCAAAAUCAGUAGUUUACAUCAGCUUUGGCAGCCUGGGAAGCCUUCCAGUGGACCAAGUGAAAGAGCUAGCUAAUGGGCUCGAACGCAGUGGUUACAGAUUCUUAUGGUGCCUGCGUCGUCCGCCACCUAAGAAAACCAUUGUUGAUUUCCCAAGUGAGUAUGAGAAUUAUGAAGAUGUGUUGCCUGAAGGAUUUCUGGAUCGAACGGCAAAUGUUGGAAAAAUUGUCGGUUGGGUUCCACAAUUAGCCGUAUUGUCACAUGCUGCAGUGGGAGGAUUUGUAACGCAUUGUGGCUGGAAUUCGACACUAGAGAGCAUUUGGUUUGGGGUGCCCCUUGCGACAUGGCCUUUAGAGGGAGAACAACAGUUAAAUGCAUUUCAGUUGGUGAUAGAUUUAAAACUAUCUGUGGGGAUUACAUUGGAUUACUCAUCAAGAAAUCAAAAUCAGCCACUGGUUGCAGCUGAAGAGAUAGAGAGAGGAAUAAGGAAAGUGAUGGACAGUGAUAGUGAAGUAAGGAAGAUUGUUAAAGAAAUGAGUGAUAAGAGUAGAGAAAGCAUUAAACUCGGAGGUUCUUCACAUGGUUCUCUUGCGAGACUGAUUAGUACGAUGUUGCAUGAUAGUUGUUAAUAAGAACUGAGUUUUUGGCAGAUUGCAUGUUACUCGAGUUCUUCUUCAGGGACCAGUAAAUCAAAGGAUAUAUGCUUGAUUGGCUGUUAGAUGAUUUCAGUUCAUUCAUUGAGUUGGUGAAUAAUUUGGCUUCAAAGCUUCGAAAUUGUGUUUUUCAUUUUAGUUGUGUUAUUCGUCUGGCAAAAAAGUUAUUUGAGCUUUGAAUUUUUCCGAGGCAAAGAGUGAUAUAUAUUCCUCUAGUACCAACUACCAAACGUGAGGUUUAGAGUCGAAGAAGAAAUCAACAUCAUGUAAUAGAGUAAACAGAAAUUUCUUCCGAUUUGUAAUGAAAUCAACCAAAAACACUACUCUUCCACUGCACUUAUUAAACUUAUUGUAACAAGUCAAAAAUAGUGUUCGGAUUUAACUUAUUAAAAUUAUCUCGAGUUCAAAUUUGAGUUCGAUCUUGAUAGUAUGACAUCAAUAAGUUGAGUUCGAGCUAAAAAAAACUCAAAUAUGCUUAUCGAAUGCUCUAAACAACUUUGCAACUGAAAAAAUAUUAACUAAUUAAAUUUGCCUAUCGAAUUAAAAGAUUUCACCGAAUAUAGGGAGAUUUUUAAUAUUUAAAUAAAGUAAAAUUUUAAGCAAUCAAGGCGAAAAUAAAUCUAUAUAUAAUGACUAAAACAAAAUAGUAAAACUAGAGGUUGAAUGAAUGUCCAGAUGAAUCUAGGCGGAUGACUCAGACUUUUUGCGCAAGGGUCUUUCCAUCACCAUUUGUUUGGUCAACUUUUUGCAGCCUUGAAGCUACGCAACGCGCUUUUACGCUGCCCCACCACCUUGACAAUGACCCUCUUCAAACCACUGGGCCAAUGGCUCAGUGGCCACUAGGGAAGGAUUUAAGUCCUUCAUUGACCGUAGGUGAGGGUUCGAAAUUCAUCUGUAGCGAAAGAAUCUAAAGGUUGUGUUAUAGUAUUUUCUUGAUUUAGUUGGGUUUGUACACCCACUAGCCUUUACAAUAGUCUCCUUAGGCUCCCCCUCCCCUCUAGAUUAGGAUAGAGUAGAUUAUACAAAUGUAUCGUUGCUGAUAAAAAAAAAAAAAAAAAGACAAUGACCCUCUUUAGAAUAUAUGCCUUUUUUGUUAUUAGUUUCGUUGGCAUUUUAUGAAUACUGGAAAAAGGAAAAAGACUUAAAAACCAGAUAUGAAGAGAAAUUACUACUAUUAAUUUUCUUUCUUCUUCUUCCUUUUUUUUUUUUUUUGGCUGAGGAAUGUUAGAAACUUGUUCAUGAAUGAUUUUGAAUUAUGCCCAUAAAUCUUGUAUAUAAUUUACAAAAAGUUUAUCAAUUCUUGGAUGCUUUUCUUCUAUAGGCAGCAAGGCAAUACAAUAGGAAGUCACGUUGUGGUUUCUCCCUUAUAGCAUUUGUGUUGAUGCAUCCAAUCAUCUUUCUUUUUGUCCCUUAUGGUAAUAAUUAAGUAUGAUUAACCACCCAAACAUCUCA